AUGGCAUGCCCUGGGGAAGGUAUUUUAACAGAUCUUGCCAAGAGAUUGGUAGAUAAAACCAUAAAGGAAGUUAAUUACUGUCGUCAUUUCGAGACUCAUAAUCACGAGUUUGAUGAGGACAAUCAACUUUUGCGUAGAAGAUUAGAGAAAGUUCGAAAGGAUAUUGACGAUGCCAACAUUAAUGAGCAUGAGGUUGAAGGUGAAUUUCAAGAUUGGAUAAAGAAAGCUGAUAAACUAAUUCAAAUGAAUGCUGAAGUUAGGCAAACAAGGUUUGAUAGCUAUUCUUUUCUUAGGAAAUAUCGACAAGGCAAGAUAUUGGCACGGAGGGCGCAAGUCAUUAAAAGUCACAUCCAAAAUUAUAAAAACUUUGAAGGAGUAGCUCGUCCAGGUAAACUUCCAGGUAUGAAGUACCAUGCUUCAAAAGACUUCAUUGAUUUUGAGAGCAGGAAGACAAAAUUCAAGGAACUUUUGGAUGCAUUAGAAGAUGGAAAUCAUUACAUGAUUGGAUUGCAAGGGAUGGCGGGAACGGGUAAAACCACAUUGGCAACACAAGUGGGAAAGCAAGUUGAAGAAUCCAAAGCAUUUGAGAAAGUCAUCUUUGUUGUUGUGUCCAGUUCUCCAAAUGUCAACAAGAUUCGAGGCGAUAUUGCAAGGCAAUUAGGUUUGGAUUUAGAUCAAAGAAUUGAAGCAGAUCACUCAAAACAUUUGUGGUCUAGAACUUCUGAUAAUGAAAAAAAGUUACUCAUAAUAUUUGAUGAUGUGUGGGAGAAGCUGGAUCUAACUGAACUUGGGAUUCCAUCUGGACCUGAUCACAAGAAUUGCUAUGUUUUGAUAACCACUCGUCAUUCAAAAGUUUAUCAGCAAAUGAUAUGCCAAAAAGUAGUUCACCUACACACAUUGGGUGACGAGGAUGCAGUGCGUCUCUUUCUGUAUCAUGCUAGAAGUUGUGAUGCUGAUCAUCCUUCAAGGAAUGAUUUAGAGGGCCUUGCACGAGCUUUUGUGAAGGAGUGUGGAGGAUUACCAAUUGCAAUCGUGGCACUAGCUAGCACAUUAAAAAAUUGGCCUGUUGCUGAAUGGACUGUGGCUUUGACAACUUUACGAGAUAAUAAGCCAAUUGUUGAUGUCGAUGAAGAAUUGGUGAAUGUUUAUAAUUGCUUGAAAUUAAGCUAUGAUAAAUUAAAUAAUGAGAAGGCCCAAAAGCUUCUUUUAUUGUGUUCUAUAUUCCCAGAAGAUUAUGAAUUUCCCAUAAAUCUCAUUAUUAGAAUUGGUAUGGGGUCAGGAAUUUUUGGGGAAGUUAACCAAUAUUGUGCAGCACGAAGCAAACCACUUGCAGUGAAAAAUGAACUUAUAGCUUCUUCUUUGCUACUGAAGGUUGAGAAUAAAGAAUGUGUAAAGAUGCACGACUUGGUUCGUGAAGUAGCUCAAUGGAUAGCCAAGGAUGAUAUUCAAGUGAUUAUGAAUUCAAGAACAGCUUUUGAAGCAAGUAAGCGAUUUGUGUUUUGGAGUAUUGAUGAUUUUCCUGAUCAAUUUGAUGGUACGAAGGUUGAGAUUUUACUUCUUUGGAUAAGUGAAAAUGCUUUGAAAAAAGAUGCAAAUGCAUUCUUUGCAAGGAUGUCAAACCUCAAAAUUCUGUUUUUGCUCGGUCAAUAUGACAGAAGAGUUCCCACUUCGUCAUUUUCGCAAUCACUUGCUUCAUUAAAGAAUAUUCAAACUCUUAUCUUGGAUGGUUGCGAAAUAGGAAACAUUUCGGCUUUGAAGAAUUUACAAGAAGCCAUGUUUAAGUACCUUGUGCGAAGAGCAGAAGUUCUUGAGCUAGGGAACUUAGGACAAACAGGGUGGAAAAGUCUUAUCCCUGACAUUAUUCCUGUGGAAGAGAGAGGCAAGGAUAAUUUAAUCAAGCUUUACUUGUAUGAUUGGGCUGACAUUGAGUGCCUUAUUCAUAGUAAUAAGUGUCACUAUUCUAAUUUGUCAUUCUUCUUCAACUUAGUUGAGUUACAUCUGUGUAAAGUGGAUGUGAAAGAAUUAUGUUGCGGUGCUAUGCCUUCUAGGUUUCUUGAGAAGUUACAGAUUUUAAGGUUAGAGGGUUGUAGGAAACUACAAAAUAUACUCUCAGAUGAAAAUCUCAAGCUACCUCAUCUGAAGGUAUUGAAAUUGGAAGAUUGUCCAAUGUUCCAACCAUCAAUUUUCAAACCCUUUGUUGCUCGAAGUCUUGGGCAAUUGGAAGAAUUAAUAGUUGAAGGUUUCACAGAGCUAAAAAAUUUAAUUGCAGACGAGAGUUUAGAAGAAGAAAUGAGGAUUGUUGAUUAUCAAAAACGUCAUGGCUUAUUGUUUCCCGCAUUAGAGUCUCUUCAAAUUGAAAGAUGUGGCAAAUUAGAAGUGGUAUCAUCAUUUCUUCAAGCUGGAGACCUUCCCAAGUUGAAAGAUUUAGGCAUAUAUGAUUGUGCGGAGCUAAAAUACUUAUUUGGUGAAUAUAACGAUAAUGUGGGCCAAGCUGGGCAACAGGAAAUCAUGCUCCCUUUACUAACACAAGUGAGACUUCAGAGAGUACCAAGUUUCAUUAACAUAUUUAAAAAAUGUAAGACAUGUGUGCUAAGGCCGCCUCAUAUUUUGAAAGAAGAUUCAAAGGAGAGACAUAAGAACUCUAAGACAAGUGCUUUCUCAUGGACUCAUGGGUGUUGUUUUCUGGCUGCAACAAAAGACAGUAAUAUUGGAGUUUCUAAUGCCCCCCUACUAGAAGACUGCACAAUCUCACAGAAAGCUUAUGAGCUGAAAUAUAUUUUUGGAAAAUACAAUGAUGGAGAUUGUCAAUCAAAUGAGAAUGAAAACAAUGAGCCUCAGAUUCAUCUUCCAGCACUGGAAACACUAUUCCUCGAAGGCGUACCAAAUAUGAUGAGCAUUGGUAUCAAGAAACAUCAGCUCGAACGCCCAUCUCUACAGAUUAUAGAAGAGCCAAAGAUAAACUGA